UUACAGUCUCAGACACUUCAUCUGCUUUGAGUGAACAGCGAUGUCCAAGUUCGAAUACCCAAGGCUCCGAAGGGGCGAAAUCAUCGGAUUUCUCGCCGAUGCGCAGAUUGCAACCAUUUCUGAAGCCGAUCUUAUCCAUCCCAACCCAGAUUUCAUUACUAACCUCUACACAAGACUCUUACUACAUAUUGAUUCUCUCCCGGAAGAUCACGGGCAAGUCGAUUUUGCCGCCUUGGAACAGCUGGAGAACCCGGACAUGCAUGUCGACUCGGUCAGGACCUUCAAUUUGUUGAGCAAAAUAAAGGAGAUUAUGGAGGCUCUUGAGUGCCCUAGGACAUUCACCCUCAAUGAUCUGAUAAAGCCCGUCGGAGACAGAACAGAGUUGUUCCUUAGUGCCUUACUCAAUUUCUGUAUCGACAGGGAUUCAAAAAUGAAUAUUUUGAGACCAAUUGUGGACGAGCUGAACCUUCUUGAUGACCAACGGCUAGAGUUGGAGGCCAGAAUUUCACAGUUGAAUGCAGAGAUUGCAGUGUUUGAUGAAUCAAGAGAAAUGGAAAUGCCGCUUGUUCAAGAAGUAGAUGCUAAAGUUAAAGAGCUGCGUCAGACCAUUCCAGGUCUUAACAAUCACCAAAUGUCUUUGAAGGCUUCAAUAAGAAAAAUGAAGGAAAGGGCUAAAGAAAUGGACGAGAAGAUUUCUAGUGCAGAAUUUGCCUUGGUACAAAGUGUCCAAGAUAAUGCCAAUUUACGCUCCAAGAUUGUUCAAUCACCUGAAAAGCUACAGAGGGCAUUAGAGGAGAAGAAAACAGUUCGAGAUGAGGCAAAGAAUACUGAAAAGGCAGCUAUGCAAACUUUUCAGGAGAAGACAGCUACUGUUGAGGUUUAUACCAAGGCUUAUAAGAAAAUGUCCAAGCAGUUUGCUCAGAUGCAGGCUAUACAAGAACAGGUAAAUUCUGUCAAGUCAAUUGAAAAAGAUGUUAAGGUUCUGAAGGUUAAGCUGAGUGAUGAAGCAGUGUUAGAUAAGUCGCUUGAGGUGAAACUGGUUGAAUGGCAAAGGAAAGUGGAUCAGUUGGAUGAAUUAAGAAAGCAGGUGGGAAAAGAAAGAGAUCUCAAGUGCGAGGAGGCUACAAAAGAAUUGAAUAAUGUGAAGUUUGAAGUGGAGUUUAAGAGGCGUGACAUGGAAUCAGAGAAAAUGAAGGUUGAAGCAGCUGUUGCAGAGGCAGAUGCUAUAACUGCGAAGAUUAAUGUGGUAAAAGAAUCAGGAGCAGCUAAAUGUCAAGAACUAGAACGUAAAUGCGAGGAGAUUGCAAGAGAGGGGAACCGAAAGGUAUAUUCCAAAUUAAUCACCGAACUUGACGUGGUCUGGCCACAUCAGAUUCUCACUCCUCUUCCUUUUGUGUGAGGAAGCAAAAGAGUCUAUCACACAGAAUUUAGAAAUGCCAAGAUUAAUGUGGUAAAAGAAUCAGGAGCAGCUAAAUGUCAAGAACUAGAUCGUAAAUGCGAGGAGAUUGCAAGAGAGGUGCACUUCUCUCUUUAUGUUUAUCUAUUGUCCAUUUCUGUAUAUGCUUAUCUGUUAAGGAGUUGAAACUUGGUUCGAUGCUUGACUCAACCAGCAUUAAAUUCUAGAGACUGAUAGUCGAGUUCCUAAAUCAUCUAAAAAAACUAUCCUGCUUGGUGAUUGCUUUCUUGUACCCGUGUUCUUGCAGUAUGAUGGAAGUCACUGAUUAGCCCACUCGUGCCACUGCGUGGAGCCGUAGCAGCUAAGCAAGGUCAACAAUGGCGGAUAUGGCCUUCUUUUGUAAGCAAGCUCGACGGAGUUUUGGCUGGUUCAGUGGGUGUUUUCCCAACAUACACUUGACAGGGUGUCCAAAAUUCCUUCGAUUUACAUGAAUGCAUGCAGAAAAAUAUCUUAGGCAGGACUUUUGUAGAGCUAUUAUUUGUUAUCUUAUUGUAACGCCCCUAAAUUCCACGUGGCAAAGUUCUUAAAAGCUCGUGUAGAACUAGGUGUACAUUAACAACUAUUCAAUGACCUAUAGCAUAUAAAUGAUAUUAUAAUUAAGAGAAAUGAUUGGUCUUCUGACUUCACUUAUCGACUCAUUAUCCGAAUACAAUGUGGUUGGAUCACGUUGAAACUUUUAAAACAAAAUCCCGUAAACAUUUCUUUCUUUUCGACUCAUUUCCAACUACGUUGUAUUUGUAAAAUGAGUCGGCAAUUAAGGUCGGAAGACGUAUCACU